AUGUCGCAGCAAAAGGGAAAAGCAUCCGGCGCCGGCAAGGGCAAGAAGUCCGGCAAGGCCGCCGAGGGCAAGCGGGAGGACGUCCUGCAGGCCGUGGUCAUCGCCGACUCGUUCCAGGAUCGGUUUGCUCCUUUUUCGGUCGAGAAGCCAAGAUGUCUCCUCCCUCUCGCGAACACGCCCCUCAUCGAGUACACCCUGGAGUUCCUCGCCAUGAACGGCGUCCAGGAGGUCUAUAUCUACUGCGGCUCCCACUCUGAGCAGAUUGAGAACUACAUCAACACCUCCCGCUGGUCGCCGCUGUCGAUCCGCACACCUUUCACCAGCCUGCAGUUUAUCCGCGUCUCCGAUGCCCGAUCCGUGGGUGACUUCCUACGCGACCUCGAUGGCCGAGGCAUUAUGGAUGGCGACUUCAUCUUGGUACACGGCGAUGUCGUCUCGAACAUCUCUCUCGACGCUGCUCUCAAGUCACACAAGGCGCGCAAGGAGGUCUCUGCGACGAACAUCAUGACGGUGGUGCUCAGGUCAGGCGGCGCGGAGGAGCACAGGACAAAGCCGAACGCGGUAAACCCCGUCUUCGUGAUGGACUCGAAGACGAAACGAUGCCUACACUACGACGAGACGAACCCCCUCCAGAGCGACCACUACAUGUCCCUCGACCCCGCAGUCGUCGACGAGCUUUCCACCGAUUUCGAGAUCCGCGGGGACCUGAUCGAUGCCGGAAUCGACAUCUGCACCCCCGAAGUGCUGGCUUUAUGGUCUGAGAGUUUCGACUACGAGCUUCCCAGGCGAAACUUCCUGCACGGUGUGCUCAAGGACUGGGAGCUGAACGGAAAGGCCAUUUACGCCGAGGUGCUGGAGGACGGGUACGCCGCACGCGCAAACAACCUACAGAUGUACGAGUCGAUCAGCAGAGACGUCCUCGGCCGUUGGACGUUUCCCUUUGUUCCCGAUUGCAACGUGAUCCCUGGACAGACGUAUAAGAUGACGGCUGGCGCGGUCUCAAUCGAGGACGGUACCGUCUUGGCGCCGGAUAGCUCACUCGCCAGAUCCAUCCUUGGCCAGGGCACGAGUGUAGGCGCGGGAAGCAGAGUGACCGACAGCAUUAUUGGCAGGCGGUGCAGGAUCGGAAAGAACGUCCGCAUCGAGAACAGCUUCAUCUGGGACGACGCCAUUAUCGAGGAUGGUGCGGUAGUGACGAGAUCCAUUCUCGCCGACUCCAGCGUUGUAGGGAAGGGUGCUUCAGUCGACGCCGGCUGCCUCAUCUCAUACGGCGUUACAAUUAGCGAAAACACCAAAAUCCCCGAGAACGCCGUCCUCGCGGUCACCACAUACAACGGCUCUCCGGUGGACCCAGACACAUCGCUCGUCGGCGCUUCCGGCAAGGGUGCGCGCUAUGUCGACCCCGAAGCCGAAGACGCAGACGACGAGGACCCCUCAAUCCUCCAACGCUCCCUCAUCUACAACCUCGCCCACCUCAAUCUCUCAACUUCCUCAGUCUCCACUCUCUCCUCCGAAAUCGAGGAGUCCGACGACGAGGGAUUCACCCCCUUCGCCGACCGCGCCCGCACCGACUCCUUCGUCUCAGACGACUCCGCAGGCAAGUCCGGCUUCCACCACGACGCAGUCCACGGCCUCCUCGACGCCCUCCGCGCCGACUCGGGCGACUUCGACUCCGCCAAGCUCGAGUUCAUGGGUCUCCGCCUCGCCAACGACGCCUCGGACGUCUCCAUGCGCAAAGCCGUCGCCGUCGCCUUCGGCCGCCGCGCCGCCGAGCUCCUCGAGCCCGAACACGGCGGCCUCGAGCCCGCCAAGGCCGCCGACAAGGCGUUCGCCUCCAAGAGCGGCGCUGCCAAGUUCGUCAUGGAGGUCGGCGUCGCCGGCGACGAGGGCGACAACGAGAAGGAGCAGGUCGAGUUCGUCCUCGCGCUGCAGCGCGCGCUCCUCGGCGCGCGCAACCUCGAGCAGACGCGCGCCGGCGUCCUGCUCGCCGCCACGCUGCAGAAGCUGUACAGCCUGGACGUGCUCGAGGAGGAGGGUAUCAUGGCAUGGUGGGAGGACGCGAGGGCGGAGGAGGGCGAGGGCAUGGGCACGCUCAAGGAGAAGUGCAAGGCGCUGAUUGAGUGGUUCGAGGAUGCCGAGGAGGACUCUGACGAGGACGACGAGUAG